CUCAUUCCAGCAGCAAGCCCUCAUGAAGACUCUCUUUAACAUCAAUAUGAUUGAUGCUAAUUUUGACGAGACUCUAAGGACUGUCUCCUCUACUGUAUCAAAUGUGAUGUCCUCCUCUCAUCUCUCCAUUGAGAACUGUCUCCAGCUCACACAAGGCUGGGGGAUCGUAUCAGUUAUUAAAGCAAUCGAGGCAUAUCUUGUUCAGUUUACAAAGAAGCUGUCAUUGGUACUUCAAGAUCUUCAGGGUCGGUAUCGUCAGGCAAAGUCUGAGACUGGUUCCGAAACGGGUAGGAACGGGUUUCAAGAUGAUUGGAGUAGCCUACAGUGGAUAUUCCAGUUUAUUCAGCACUGUGGUGAUUUUCUUCUUCGUGUCUCAGCCUUUAACUCGAGUGUUUGUAGCCAGGUGCUCUCCCUCAGUGAUACGUACACAAGUCCUGCCAGUUCUCAGAACCCGUUUAACGUGUUUGACUAUCUCUCGAUAUACCAUCCAGAGGAGCAUACAGCAGUCAUUGGAUUAUUGGGAGCCAUUGAGAAAAAUGGUGAUGGGCAUGUGUUGCUCCCGGCAACGACCAAUCAGAUUCAAGUUUUGGUGAAGCAGGCACACACUUUAGCCUUUGAUGUCGUGUUCUCUCAAUUGAAACAAAAACUGAUUGAAAUUCCUAAACUCAAAGUUUGGUCCAGGAGUACCUCUUCUCCAUUAGAGAGUCCUCAGGCUUUAACUGAUGAUUUGCCAUCAUUCAGUCUUUCUCCUUUGACCUAUAUCACUGAAAUUGGUGACCAUUUGCUGACUCUUCCUGAACAACUUGAGCCAUUCACAUCACAAGAUAAUCCAUCACUAGCUGCAGCAAUGAAGCACGGGAGACUUCCAUUCACUGAAGAUGAUGGUGAGAAUCGUGAUCUUAGUCUGUCUGAUAUGUGGUUGGAUGCCAUUGCUCGUGGUACCAUGGAGACCUAUGUUGAGAGUAUUUUAAAGAUACCGCGACUAACUGAUGCAGCUGCACUACAACUAUCAACUGAUAUUGGUUAUUUGUGUAAUGUAUUGGCUGCAUUAGAUCAGCCUCCUAUUCCUGCCCUGACUGCUUUAGAGAAAUUAUUAAAAUCUGACAAAGAAGCGUUUCCUCGUUUUAAAGAUGACAAGCACACAGAGAGUGCAUUAUAUCAAAGCAUUGCAAGGCUAAGAACUUGGGAUUAAUUAAAAAUUUUUUUUUUCUUGCAAAGUAUUAAUAAUUUAAAUUGA